AUGUGCCUUUGUGCUCUGGUUCUGGUGUCUCUAUCAGCCUACAUGACAUUGGCAGGACACCCAUCCUCGCCACCCCUGGUGAACACUGUUCAUGGCAAAGUCCUGGGGAAGUACGUCAGCUUAGAAGGAUUCGCACAGCCUGUGGCCAUCUUCCUGGGCAUCCCUUUUGCCAAACCUCCUCUUGGAUCCCUGAGGUUUGCUCCUCCACAGCCUGCAGAGCCCUGGAGCUUUGUGAAGAAUGCCACCUCCUACCCUCCUAUGUGCUCCCAAGAUGCAGUGGGAGGGCAGAUGGUCCACGACCUCCUAACCAACAGAAAGGAGCGCAUUCCUCUUCAGUUUUCUGAAGACUGUCUCUACCUGAAUAUUUACACCCCUGCCGACUUGACAAGGAGCAGCAGGCUGCCGGUGAUGGUGUGGAUCCAUGGAGGAGGACUGAUAGUAGGUGGAGCAUCCACCUAUGAUGGACUGGCCCUCGCUGCACAUGAAAAUCUGGUGGUGGUGGCCAUUCAGUAUCGCCUAGGCAUCUGGGGAUUCCUCAGCACAGGGGAUGAACAUGGCCGGGGGAACUGGGGUCACUUGGACCAGGUGGUUGCACUGCGCUGGGUCCAGGACAACAUUGCCAACUUUGGAGGUGACCCGGGCUCUGUGACCAUCUUUGGAGAGUCAGCAGGAAGUGAAAGUGUCUCUGUUCUUGUGUUGUCUCCUCUGGCCAAGAACCUCUUCCACAGGGCCAUUUCUGAGAGUGGUGUGAUCUUCACUUCUGGUUUAUUUAUGGAGAAUACCACUUCACUGACUGAAAAAGUUGCUGUUAUUGCUGGGUGCAAAACCACCACAUCAGCUGUCAUUGUUCACUGCCUGCGCCAGAAGACUGAGGACGAGCUCUUGGAAGUCACGCAGAAAAUGAACUUCUUUAAGCUUGAUUUGCAAGGCGAUAUCAAAAAGCACUACCCCUUUACGCCAACUGUGCUUGAUGGGGUGCUGCUGCCCAAGGCCCCAGAAGAGAUUCUGACCAAGAAGAAUGUGAACACUGUGCCCUUCUUAGUGGGGAUCAACAAGCAAGAAUUUGGCUGGAUGCUGCCAAUUCUAAUGGAAUUUCCACCAACUGACGUAAAACUGGAUAAGAAGAUGGUCACAUCGCUCCUGAUAAAGUCUGCUUAUUUCUUUAACAUACCAGAAGAUGGGAUUCCAGCUGCCAUUGAGAAGUAUUCAAUAGACACAGAUGACCCAGUCAGAAAUAGAGCCCUGUUGCAAAAGUUGAUUGGGGAUGUGAUGUUUGGUGUACCAUCUGUGAUUGUGUCUCGUGGCCACAGAGAUGCUGGAGCCCCCACCUACAUGUACGAAUUUCAAUAUCAUCCAAGCUUCUCAUCAGAUUUGAAACCCAAGACCGUGAUUGGAGACCAUGGAGAUGAAGUCUACUCAGUCUUUGGUGCCCCAAUCUUAAGAGAAGGUGCCUCAGAGGAGGAGACCAACCUCAGCAAGAUGGUGAUGAAAUUCUGGGCCAACUUUGCUCGGAGUGGAAACCCCAAUGGGAAUGGGCUGCCCUAUUGGCCAGAGUAUGACCAGAAGGAAGGGUACCUGCAGAUUGGAACCACCACCCAGCAAGCCUGGAGACUGAAAGAUAAGGAAGUGGCUUUCUGGACUGAACUCAGGUCCAAGAAGCCAUCACAGAAAGUACACACUGAGCUAUGA